ACACGACCGCAGCGUAGCGCAUUAACCUUCAUCAGACCUGUUAUAUUUGAGCAGUCAGGCAGUAAAUGGUCAAAACCCUGAUAUGAAUACAACUGUGCAUGAAGUCAGUCAGCAGGUUAUAACCAGGGACAACUGCGUUUUUGUGAUUCAGAACUGACAGAAAAGUGACGUUCACACAUCUUACCGUUGGAUUUUUGUGAAGAUGGAGAACAUGGAAGAUGGCAACAAAAGAAAGCAUGUGACUGGUCACUUGUUGUUCUGUGUGUUUACGGCAGUCAUUGGAUCCCUGCAGUUUGGCUACAACACAGGGGUCAUCAAUGCACCUUAUGAGCAAAUCCAGGCGUUUUUUAGGCAUGCCUAUUUGGAGCGCUAUGGCAAACCCAUGGAUGACACCACUGUUACUAACUUGUGGAGUUUUGCUGUAGCUAUAUUCAGUGCUGGUGGCAUGAUUAGUGCUCUGUCUGUAGGAAUUCUGGUCAACAAGUUCGGGAGACGCAACUGUAUGCUCCUUUCCAAUAUCUUGGCUCUGAUUGGCGGUGCGCUGAUGGGCUUGUCCAAAAUCUCCCGAUCAUAUGAAAUGGUGAUACUCGGCCGUUUGGUCAUUGGCAUCUUUUGCGGUCUCUAUACCGGUCUGACACCUAUGUAUGUGGGUGAACUGUCACCAACAGCACUGAGAGGAGCCUUCGGUACCCUUCACCAGUUAGGGAUUGUCAUUGGCAUACUCAUAGCUCAGAUCCUAGGUUUGGAUAGCUUGCUAGCUACUCAAAAACUUUGGCCACUGUUGCUGGGACUGACGGUGUUGCCCGCAGUACUGCAGAGCAUCAUGCUGCCGUUUUGCUCAGAGAGUCCCAGAUACCUGCUCAUCAACCUGCAGCAGGAGGACAAGGCUCGCAAAGUUUUGGUGCGUCUUCGUGGGAAUGCUGAUGUUGAGGAUGAUGUUCGGGAGAUGAAGGAGGAAGCCAAUAAGCUAGCCACGGAAAACAAAGUGUCUAUCCCGGAGCUGUUCAGCAACCCCAUUUAUCGGCAGCCUAUCAUCAUCGCCAUCGUCAUGAACCUCUCACAGCAGUUCUCUGGAAUCAAUGCCGUAUUUUAUUACUCUACCGAAAUCUUCAAGAAGGCAGGUUUCAGUAAGCCGGUAUACCCCACUAUAGGAACAGGAAUAAUCAACACGAUCUUCACAGUGGUCUCGCUGUUUCUGGUGGAGCGAGCAGGAAGAAGGACACUGCAGAUGAUUGGAUUGGGUGGAAUGGCCGUUUUCGCUCUUAUCAUCACCAUCUCUCUUCAGCUACUGGUGGACCCAUGUGGACAGCAAGCAAAGAACCUUACUGGAUCUCUGGUCUUGAAUGACUGCAAUAGAACUAUGGAGGCAACAGCAGUUGAGAGUAAAAUUCCAGUGGUAAGCUACGUGGCCAUCGUAGCUGUUUUGGGGUUUGUAGCAACUUUUGAGAUUGGCCCAGGGCCAAUCCCAUGGUUCAUAGCAACAGAGCUGUUUGCUCAAGGUGCGAGGCCGGCUGCAGUGGCUGUAGGUGGAGGUUCCAACUGGAUGGCCAACUUCCUAGUGGGUCUGUGCUUCCCGCUACUGCUGAGUGUGUGUGGACCAUACGUCUUCAUCAUUUUCUUCAUUCUUCUUGUGUUCUUCUUCCUGUUUACCUACUUCUGGGUUCCUGAGACUAAAGGUCGGACCUUCGAGGAUAUUGCUAGCGGAUUUGCUAGAAAGGCCGCAUCCGGCCCUACCCAGUCCUCUCGGACAGAGGGCUUGGCCGGUAUGUCAGUCUCCUCCCCUACAGAGAAAGUUGCAAUGGUGGAGUUUAGUGAACAUAAGGAUUCCAAGACAGGAGCGAACCCAUAGAGCUCAGGAAAAAGAUUUUAUUCCAACUCCUCACAUGAUAACAAGCUCCAGAGAGGAGAAACAGGGAAUCUAAAGACUGGUGUAAGUGAGACGGCACAUAAUAUUACCCACAUGGGGCAGAUUUAUUAUAAGGAAGCACUAAAUUGAGCUGUUUUUGCUACCCUGAUGGUGAACAUUUAGAGGGCGAUGUACUAGAAACACGCAUGCAAACAAAUACAGACACACGCUGCUUAUUUGACAAAUGCCUGCAGCAACAUAAACACCUUUAUUGCAAGCGUAUUAACUGUCUGAAAAAAGUGAAUGACUUGCACUACUAUUAAUUUGGGACUCAAUUUGGCAGGUGAUAGGAUUCUGGGAUCCAAAUCAAUUUAGAAUCAAUAAAAAUCAUUAAUGAAUUGACAAUACACAAAAGGUUUUCAGGUGCUUUAAAUAACACAUGCGAAGAUAAAGUAAAUAUUUUCUCUUAGCCUUUACACAUCAGAAUCAUCACUUCAUCAUUAUAGUGAGCUUCAUGAGUCUUUACACAGAAAGCUUGAGUCUUACAUUUACAUUUAUGGCAUUUAGCAGACUCCCUUAUCCAGAGUGACUUCCAUUUUUAAUUUCAAUUGAAACAACUGAGCAAUUGAGGGUUAAGGGAUAAGGGCCUUGUUCAGGGGCCCAGCAGUGGCAACUUGGUGGACCUGGGGUUUAAACCCAUGACCUUCCGAUCAGUAGUCCAACUAAGCUACCACAUCCAACUUACAUCCCAUCUUACAUUCUGUUUCGGUCAAAAAAGAAAAAAAAAAAAGAAAACAUUUCCCCCCCCAAUUCACAAAUCCUGAAACGGAAAUAAGAUUAAAUGUCUGACCUAAAAUUAUAGUCCAUAAAGAGCCUUCUUCCUGCAUUUGUACAACCAUCUCUUCUUUAUUUCUUCUUUCUCCUUUACAUCCAAAUACAUCCAGCAUUACAAAACAAGGGCAUAUUGAAUCAUGUAUUUAACAGUACGAGUACAACACUAUUACAGUAGAUAUUUGUGCUCUAAAUCAUGUUUUUAAGAAGUAACAAAUCUACCCACUGGGUUAAAUGUUGCCAGUCUUUAAAAAGUCCUUAAACUACUACAUUAAAGAGCCACUGCUGUCCGUCUCACUACCAGGUUAUAAGAGAACAAAAAAUAAAUAUGAAUAUUAGAAUAACAUUUAUAAUAUAAUAUAUAACAUUUCAUUUAUAGAGGUACACUAAGUUAUACUCCAUACUCCAACUACCUGCAUUUGACACAUGGAGCUCACUGGACAGCGUUUAUCUGCUUAGAUUGGUUACAUUUAGUUAUUCCUUCAUAAGGUUUUUAUUUCUGUUUUUGUUUAUUACUUACUGAAAGACACAGCGAUUAAGGAUUUCAAAUGAAUUUAUGUUUUAAACAUUACAGAUUACAGACUUUUUGUGCACCUGAGUUAAUGAGUUAAUGACCUCUGCAGGAAAUGUAAUUAUUGUGUUAUUAUUAUUAUUAUUAUUAUUAUUAUUAUUAUUAUUAUUAUUAUUAUUAUUAUUAUUAAUAAUAAUAAUAAUAAUAAAAAUAAUAAUAAUAAUAAUAAUAAUAAUUAUAAUAUCUUUGAAUCAUUGUUUAUUUGCUAUUUAUUUGAUGGGGCUUACAGAUUGCUUAACACGAAGAUUGCAAACUAUGCUGAAAAUAAAAUAAAUCAAUUAAUAAAAAAGUACAUUUCUGAAAACAUACUGUUAACAAACUACUGCUCGUUUUAUUCAAUUUACUUCUGUAUAUUCCUGUUUUGUUUUUGUUUUUUUUUCUCAUUACUUGCAUGUUCUUUUUAAUGAUUUCUUUAAUGAAUAAUAAAUAAAACAAUUGAA